UAGAUAGACGGGCUCGUAGUAUAGUCAUUAGUACAAACGUUAGUAUUGUCUUAGAUAUAUACUCUACCUAUACUAGACGAAUUGGAUGGUAUAAAAAUAAUGGAAUAUUAUCAAAAAUUUUAGCAAUAAUGGUUCCUUUGUUAAGUAUGAUAGGACUUAUUGAAAUAUACAUUGAAGUUAACAAUGAUAUUGAUCAAUGUAGAAGCUCAGAUAAUUCACUACAAAGUUGGGGAAUAACAUGUUUAUUAUUUGUAAGUGAUCAUCCUAUGUUAGAAAGUUGUGCAGAUGAUAUAGGAAUAAAUGGGAAAGAUAUUCUAAGAUUGGUUAAAAAUCAUUCUAAUAAAGCUAUUUUUUGUAAACUGGCAGAUAAGUAUCAAAUAUCAGUAGAAGAAUUGAAAAAUAGAUUAAAUCGUCAUGAAAAAUUGAUUCUGUGA